AUGAAGUUUUUUAGCGCGGCUUCCAUAGCCGUAUCGGCUUGCCUCCCGCUCAUGGUUCUCGCUGUGCCUGGAAGUUUGAUUUAUUCGUGUGAAAAUCAAACGCUUAGCCAGGAAAUAGUCGACUUCUAUGCAAAAUUCGCUAAAGCCAAAUUCGUGGAAUCUAGAGAUAUUGUAAACCCAGAUCUUCAGGUAACCAGGGCAUAUAAGUUUCGCAAAAAUCGAAUAGACUACGUAAUAGAUAACUAUCUGAUCCAAAUUGUUGGGCCUCAAUCGGACAUCAUACUAUAUGAAUCAAGUCAAUAUGGUUGGAACCAGUGUUUUCUCACAGUGGAGGAAUGA